CCUGGAAUACUUGCGCCGUCAUUCUCCCUCCUCCGUUUCCUCCAUCAGUUUUUACUUGUUCGCAAGACUUUAUCACCUCUACAUCUUGCUUCCUCGAGUCCACUCAAGCAUUGUACUCUGUCCCGCCCACAUUGUAAAAGUAUCUCAGGUGUCCCUCGUCCUCAAACGAAUCGCACUAGCACGCCAUGCUCGGCAUUCAUUACUGGGCCUUUGUGCUCCCUAUAGUCACAGCAGCAGUAUGGCUCGUAGACAUCGUUGGUCUUCUAGUCCUCUGGUCCCGAGAUGGCUUUCCUCAAUACAAGCAAUCCGACGCUAGCAUCGUAUUCAUUUCCGAUGUCGGAGCCAACCACACCACCUGGUUCAUCAUCUUCUCCGUCCUAACCGGCUGCUUCUACAUCGCGACUGCAUUUGCAGAGCGAUAUUUGCGCUCUUCGCGACGUAUCCCCGGUUCGGUCAAGAAGAGGCAGACCAUCUACGAUAUCCUCUCGGUCAUCUUUGCCUGCCUUGGAUCCCUCUUCCUUGGACUCCUCUCUGGUUUCAAUGACGAAGACUACUCGACUGUCCAUUGGUCCUGCACACUCCUCUUCAUCGUCUGUGUUGGUAUUUCCGUCUUUUUCCAAAUCUUGGAGCUCUUCUCCCUCUCCCACUGGCACAAUCCUCAAGUGCGACAUUUGAAGAUCAACGCCAUCUUCAAGGCCUUUUUGCUCAUCUUUGCCGUCGUAGUCCUACUUUGCUUUGUGGGCCUCUACGCCGAUUGUCAAGGAGAUGCACCAGGCUAUAACACUAGCACAAAGUGCAACAAGGUCACUUCUGCCGCAGGUGUCUUCGAAUGGGCAUGCGCCUUUAUCCUCUUCUUCUUCUUCCUCUCCUACAUUGUUGAUCUUUGGCCACGAAACUACUACGGAAAACAACAGGCAAUGGCUGAAAAGCGAGCUUCCAAGCAUGGAGGUAUUGAUCCAGAAAUGGCCUCUGUUGGCGGUACAGGAUCUAGUGCCAAUGUUGGAGCUGGUCAUGAGCAAUAUCAGUCGAAUGGCGAUUACAGCGUUGAGCCAUACGUAAAUGCUCCUCAGGACAGCUAUGGUACUGUCAAUGGUGUGCCACAAAGCAAUGGCUACCACAAUGGCGCUGCCGAUGCCGGAGGCAACUACAACUACAAUGGAGGUGGUGGCUACGCUGCUCACAAUGGUACCAUGGGCAGGGACAGUACUGGCGCUGCCCCUUCGCUGCAGCAGCCACCCCUUGCCGAGCACAACUACAAUGGAGGCUACAGGUAGAAGCGAUCGAUUGUCCCCGUUUCGUUUUGUGACAUAGAGAUUCGUUCUUCUUUCCCCCCGCACGCGCUUUUGUCAGCCCGAUAUCCUCUUCGUUGUCUCUGCUAAUGUACUGUUCAAUUACAAGCGAGCAUCUUUUCUACGUUUGAC